CCUUGAUAUUUUUUUGCUUCGAGAGCUUCUGCUUCCAACGCACAGCAGUUGUUCAAUAGACGAUCUGUUCGGUACUCUGUUGGCAAUUGUGAUAAAACCCAGAGUCUCCAAAAUUCAACAAUGGCAACAUCUCAACCCCCCGUUCGCUUUACUUCCCACAGAAAUUUUGCGUAUCGCCUGGUUCUUGCGACACUUACGGGUCGCACGGUGCAUAUUUCUCAAAUCCGGUCUUCAUCUCCCACGAAUCCUGGUCUUGCGCCUUACGAAAUUUCCUUUCUGCGUCUUCUAGAUUCCGUUACAAAUGGCUCGCAAAUGGAGAUCUCCUACACGGGUACCAUUCUGGUGUACAAACCUGGUCUGAUCACGGGAAGCACGACAAGCGGCGGUGUGGUUCAGCAUGAGCUUCCAGCAGGAUGCACACGCGGAGUCAGCUAUUUCCUGCUUCCUCUUUGUCUUCUAGCGCCGUUCUCCAAGGCGCCGAUGAAAGUUCUUUUCACCGGCCCCGGGGUGAUUACCUCUGCCACUCCGACGGGUGAUAUGUCUGUCGACAGCGUGCGAACCGCUAUCCUCCCGCUUUACAAUCACUUCGGUAUAUUCAAUAACAUCGAGAUUCGUGUUCUACGAAGAUCCAAUCCGGGCCCGAAUGGUAAGGGAGGGGGCGGCGAAGUCCAGCUGAUCUUUGGUCAUCAAGUCCGUCUUCCUAAGACCCUUCAUUUGAUGAAUCCGGGGAGAAUAAAGAGAGUUCGUGGCGUUGCGUAUUCCGUCGGUGUUUCGGGAUCAAACAAUGCAAGAAUGAUCGAAACAGCCCGUGGGAUCCUCAAUCCCUUAGUUCCUGACACCUACGUUUUCUCCGACGUGUCAUCUGCGCCCCUUAUUCCAGCCCCUGAAAAGAACAACCCUUCAGCGAAGAAAAAGAUCGGUCUUGGUUUCGGUCUGUCUUUGGUUGCCGAGUCUUCAACCGGGUGCUUGUUCUCUGCGGACGUUAUAUGCCCGCCUUCAGGUGGUCAGCCGCCCGAGGAUAUUGGUAAGCGGUGUGCGUAUCAGUUGCUUGAAACCAUAUCCAAGGGAGGCUGUGUCGCCCCGGCCGCGGCACCAACGAUGUUCACUCUUAUGACCAUGGGCUCGGAAGAUGUCGGUCGCAUACAGGUUGGGCGAGAGGUGAUUGCAGACGAGAAUCUGAUUCAACUAGCUAGGGAUAUGGCAAAGUUUGGCGCCCCAGGGUGGGGUAUGAGGGACGCCAGCGAUGAAAACGGCAACAGCGAUGUUAUUGUCAGCGUGGUUGGAAGAGGCAUUGGUAAUGUCGGGAGGAAGGUUGCUUGAGUAUACACACAAUCUGAGCAACUCACGUGCGUCCUGGUUUCAAUCUGCACCUGCUUUAGGAGUUCUGCUCCUUUUCCCUAUUAUGAGUUCUGAACUGUCGCUGGCUUCGAAGCCACAUGGAUGGGCGCCAUGUUGUUUGAACCCACGGGUGGCAUUGACCGACUCAUCAACGAUAGCAGCCCAACCCACCUCCGUGAGACAACAAGGAUCAUCGACAAGCGCAAUCCCAAAAAGCGCAAUCUUGACCUAGCGCGAGCUCGGGGUUCAAGCCUUUCUAACCAUGCUUGUCGUCCAACCUGAAACAGGAGCGAAGACCCAGCCUCUAGUUCGAUCAGGAACCCUGGGAUUCACCUGAUACUCUCUCUCCAGCAAUGAUGGGUGCUAUGCCCCUCUGAUGCCUGGGUAGUUACGCAAUAGAUGGUUCCGUACGUGGAGUUCCACUAUCGUGAAGAUAAAAACUUAAGAGAAAUAGCCAUUCCUAUAGCUAAUAAUAGGAUACACAAAAGCAUUCUAAUGAGAUACAAUUGCAAACAGAACAAUAUUCAC